AUUACCUGUUCCACCAGAACUGAUGUGAGCGCGAGUUUGCGAGCACAUGCCACGUUUGGAGAGGAGCCAAAUCAGAACUACUGUCUGUACACUACCAACAACAGGAGCCCGAGAGGACCAUUUUAAUUGAAUCCACCUUCAAAUAAACAACUCAGCCAAGUGUUUUAACAAACCUCUGAAGCAAGCAGCCGACUGAGGAUCUGAAAAAAGCCGCAAGGAUGCACUUGUUGUCCGCCAGCUGUGUGUGUGCCCUCUUCAUCACCGUGCUUCUCCGCCAAGUCACCGGUUUGGAGACGGUUAUCGGCCUAUAUGGGGAAACACUGGAAAUCCCGUGCAACAAUGUAGCACUGAAUUCAGAGGACAUCCGGAUCACUAAAUGGAAAUAUGACAAAGGAGAGGGACUUUCAGGAGACCUACUGGUCAAGCUGAAAAACCAGAAUUUCUCAAUCAGCACCACUGAUGAAUAUGAGGGCCGUGUAAGCAUGGCUGCAAACAGGAGCCUGCUUCUUUCUGCUGCCAAGCUGAGUGACCAACGCACUUUCACCUGCAUGGUGGUGGCUGAUAUGGACAUUUCCGAAUAUCCAGUUAAUGUAGUGAUCCACAAGACACCGGAAGGCCUGGAGAUUUCUGACAAAGCAGAGGAACUAGAAAUUGGCAAACUUACGAAGCUUGGAAAAUGUGUUGCAAAGGACUCCAAUCCGGCGGCAAAUAUCAUAUGGCUAAAAAACAAGAAACCUCUGUUGGCUGAUGGAAAAGGGAUUUCCAUCCAGGCCUCUGUACUGGUAGACCCUGAUACUGGCCUUUCAACCACCUCCUCCGUACUUGAGUACUCGGCGCAGAAGGAAGACACGGAUGCUGUGUUCACAUGCAGUACUGAGCACACUCUGGCCGCAGAUAUGGAAUCCUCUCCAGCAACCUUCAGUAUCACCUACUCCACAGAGAACAUCGUCCUUCAGGUCACUGAUCAGGCUUCUCUGGUAGAAGGAGGCAGUAUGACCCUGAAGUGUGUGGCCGACGGGAACCCAGCUCCUACCGCCUAUAACUUCCAUCUUAAGGGAGAGAUGGUGAAAGUGGAAAACGCAGAUUCUUACACCAUCACUAAUGUCACUCGCAACACCACCGGUGAAUACAAAUGCUCUCUCGUUGAUGACCCAACAAUGGAAGCAUCUAAGGACAUCACAGUGAACUACCUAGACAUCAAUUUAAGCCCCUCUGGAAAUAUCGUCAAGAGUGCCGGUGAAGCAUUGCAUCCAAAUCUCCAGAUUGAUUCCUCCGGAGACACAAAGGUCUCCUGGACAAAGGACGAUGUUAAAUUGGAGAAAGAGCCCAAGUUUGCCAAGCUGACUUUCGCUGACUCUGGCCUCUAUGAGUGUGAGGUAACGCUUGGGCUCCUCAACCAAAAAGCUUUUAUUGAGCUGACUGUUGAAGGUGCUCCGGUAAUCACAAAGCUGAUCAAGGUGCGUGGCGAAGACGGCACACAUGAAGAACUGAUUUGUGAGGUUGAAGGCUCUCCAAAGCCAACUGUUUCAUGGAGCAUCAAUGGGACCCUGAUUGAUGAGACUGCCUCUGACAAUGGAAAGAUAGCACAAAAGAUCAAAGUGGUGCCUACUGCAAAUCUGACUGUCUCUUGUAUGGUGUCCAAUGAACUUGGCAUGGCUAGCAAAACUAUAAAUGUGUCAUCCAUAAUUGAGGAGGUGAGAAUGGAUAAAAAAGCUCAAUCAGAUGAUAAUGACCAAACCAAGUUGGUGGUUGGAGUUGUUGUCGCCCUCCUUGUCGCCACUUUAGUUUUAGGCCUGGCCUAUUGGGUCUACAUGAAGAAAUCCAAGCAAGGAAGCUGGAAGACUGGUGAAAAGGAGAACGGGUCUUCUGAGGAAGAGAAAAAACUGGAGGAGAAAGUGGAGGAGAACAGCCAAAAAGCUGAGGUUUAAAAGAAACGGCAACCAUCCGGUGGGAAUGUGAAAGUGAGAACGUGGAACUUUUGCACAUUUCUCCUCACCUCUUUCUUCUGGGGAAAAAAACAACGACUGUACAUUGGGAUGAAGACGAUUUGGAUUUGGUUUCAGGGAGCAUUUUACUUAAAAAACAUAUCCAACCCCCCCAUCCACCUGAGCUCCUCAAACCUUCACCCCUCCUAGCCUAAAAAAAGAUGAAUGGAUACUGUAUGUGAUAUACAUAACUUGUCUGCACUACUGAUACAUGUGUAAACUUGUCUACUCUUAGGAUUCAUGUUUGUUAGAAUGGAAUUUGGGAAAAAAAUGUUUGGGUUUUGUUAGUUGAUGCAAGUAGAAUUACUACUAGCCCAGUUGCCUUUGCUGUCAGGAUGGGUAGGCCGGAAUUAAUCUGAAUCGUUGGCCUUUGGAGACAUAGCAGGGACAAAGAGACACCACCGCCAUUGCUUCUUAGCUUCACGCCAUCAUAGUCAAAACACUUCUGCCUUCAACAUCACUGUAGUAUAUAUGUUUAUUUGUGCAUUGAUUUCAGUUUGUUCAUUCAGGUAUAAAAAAUGUUGAAAUAGAGAGAGAGUUCCCGAAAGAGCUUUGGGUAUAUUGUUAUACUCUGCAUUAGUUAUAGAUGGUAAUAUGAUUUACAUGUUGGAAGUAAGCAAUGUGCCACAGAGUUCUUUGGCAUCACCUGAUUUGUUGGUUUGGGUUUUUGAUUGUGUGCAAAGUAACCAGGAAAGAAACAAAAGAAACUCAGCUAAUUUCUGCCUGUUUCUUUUUUCAUUCAACAUAACCACUGCAUACCACAAGCAGGUAGAUUAUUGACAGAAUGUACAGCAUAACUCGCCUCAUAUAACUGGCUAUAAUUUGACUGUACAGAUUGUUUUACAUAAAGCCAUUGUUUGUUUUCCUGCAAGAACAAGUCCUUGAGCCUGUAGCAAGGAAAUUAUCUUUUAGUUUAAAGUGGAUUCACAUGUGUGUGCUUCAUCAGUGUUGAAGUACAAUUGUAGCUAUGGGAUCAUUUUGUAAUGGAGCACACAAAGAGGACAAGGUGUUUGUGUCAAAGUAGCCGCCAUUAUAUGUUUGCCUUCUUUUGAAAAUCUACCUGUAAUUGCUUCAGUUUGUCAUGUGCACUCAUGUUUUCAUGUCAGAUUUGUGUAGAAUACAAUGGAAUAUGCGCCGCUGUACAUGUCACUAACUUGGUCCCUUUAGGAGCAUUUACUGAAUUUGAAACUGUAUCAAACCCAGGAUGUAAUUGUGAAGUAUGUGAAUUUCUUUUCUUUUUGCUAUUUAUAUUGUACAAGAUGAAAUUUCCUGGUAAGCAAAUUCAAUAAUUGUCACAUAACUCAUAACUUGGAUUGAAACGUUGUUAAAUUGCUUGCAGACUUUACAAAAAUGUAAUUAAGUUGUGAUCAGUAGGUUGCCCAGGGUCUGCUUGAAUGAUCAUCUCAGACCUCCAAGCAGCUGUUUAUAGCCUACCAUGUGUACAACCAUCAAAUUGGAAGAAUGACCAAAGAAAGUGAACAUUGCCAUGGAAGUAUUGUAAAUACCUGAUGUUUGUUUUUGUACUUUUGUUUAAAAUAAAGUGUACAUUUGAAAAAUUA